AUGAGUUCUUCACACGUCUUAAAUGUGGCUUUUGUACAUCCAGACCUUGGAAUAGGUGGUGCAGAACGGCUGGUAGUUGACGCGGCUACUGGUUUACAAACGAAAGGUCAUAAGAUAUUUAUAUACACUUCUCACCAUGACCCAACACAUUGUUUCAAGGAAACUAGAGAUGGUACACUUGAUGUCCGAGUACGCGGAAAUUAUAUUAUACCACGUACUUUUUUUGGAUCAUUCUAUAUCAUAUGUGCAAUAUUUAGACAAAUUCAUUUAACUCUUUCAAUGAUAUUGUGGGAUAGAACAAAAUUUGAUGUUAUAUUUGUGGAUCAAUUAUCGGCAAGUGUACCAUUAUUAAAGUUAACUGGUGCAAAGAUUUUAUUUUAUUGCCAUUUUCCAGAUAAAUUAUUAACAAAAAGGGAAUCAAUACUGAAAAAUAUUUAUAGGUAUCCCGUUGAUUUUAUGGAGGAACUGACAACUGGUAUGGCGGAUUGCGUAGUUGUUAAUAGCAAUUUCACUGCAAAUAUCUUUCGAGAAUCGUUUCCUCGUAUAAAACAUGUACCACGGGUACUUUAUCCAGGAAUAUAUUUCGACUCUUAUGAUAAGAAAGUAGAUUUGGAAGAUAUGUCCAUUAAAAUAUUAGAGACGACGAAAAAAUUUAUAUUAUCGAUUAACCGAUUUGAGAAGAAAAAGAAUAUCGCGCUUGCUAUUUACGCUUUUGCCAAAUUACGCGACGAUAAUUUAGUAUCAUUCGAUCAAUUUAAUAAUUUACGAUUAGUCAUUGCUGGUGGAUAUGAUUAUCGCGUUCAAGAAAAUGUGGAUUAUCAUAAAGAGUUAGACCAAAAGGCAUUACAAUUAGGAUUGAUGACUUUUACAUUAAUGCCAGGUUCAACAGAAUUACCACCAGAAAACGCUCAAGUUCUUUUCUUAUGUUCUUUUAAUGAUACUCAACGAACUUAUUUACUUUCAAGAGCAUUAUGUCUUUUAUAUACUCCAUCAAAUGAACAUUUUGGAAUUGUGCCCGUAGAAGCUAUGUAUGCUCGUUUACCAGUCAUAGCAGUUAACAACGGUGGCCCAAAGGAAACAGUAAAGGAUCGCGUUACCGGAUUCCUUUGUUCAUCUACUCCCAUGGAAUUUUCAGAGGCCAUUGCUUCGUUUAUUGUUAGUAAAUCUGAUCGCGAUGAUAUGGUACUCUAG